AUGUCGGGCUCUUCUCAAUCGCAUCGACCCCGGAAAAAGCGGAAACAGUUGUCGACCUUGACCCGAAGUCCUACGAUCACGGACAUUGUCAAGGUGGACGCACAAGACAAUGCCGUCAGUCCUGAGUUUCCCUUGGUGGCCUUUCUCUGGCCCUCCCGUGGCACGACUUCGCAAUGGAUCCUCUUGCCAUUAAUUCUGAUGGUGGUGGCCAUUUUUCGCUGGAGCGUGGGACUCUGGGGUUACUCGGGGUACCAGCAACCUCCUAUGCAUGGCGACUUCGAAGCCCAGAGACAUUGGAUGGAGAUCACUACACAUUUACCAGUAUCUAGAUGGUACUUUUAUGACCUUCAGUACUGGGGGUUGGAUUAUCCUCCUUUGACUGCUUAUCAUAGCUGGGUCUGCGGCAAGAUUGGUUCGCUUUUCAAUGAGGAUUGGUUUGCUUUGGACAGUUCUCGUGGCCUCGAAGAUCCUACGCUCAAAGUAUUCAUGCGCGCGACGGUGCUUGUGUCAGAAUAUCUCGUCUACAUCCCUGCUCUGGUCGUCUUCCUACGCCAUUACAGCCGGUCAGAAGGCACCGGAACGACGUCUGUCUCCAUCGCGCUUGUGGCCAUCCUCAUGCAGCCUGCAACCAUGCUAAUUGACCAUGGCCACUUCCAGUACAACACCGUGAUGCUUGGCUUUGUGGUCGCUACUUUGUCAAGUAUUUAUGCUGGACGGUUACUGUGGUCGUGUGUCUUCUUCGUCGCCGCACUGGGCUUCAAGCAGAUGGCACUGUACUACUCCCCAAUCGUGUUUGCCUAUCUCUUGGGCUCAUGUAUACGUCCGCGAAUUCGUUUCGGUCGAUUCGUGGCCAUCGCCGCCGCGACUAUACUUGCGUUUGUGGUUUUAUUCGCCCCGUUACUGCUGGGUGCUUUGUAUGAAAGUUAUACGACGCCAAACAUGACCGACUUGCCGACACCACCUUUGAUCGCAGACAGGGGCAUUGGAUUGAAUCCGAACAUUCCUGUACAAAUGGUUGCCCUCCAACUGAGCCAGGUUAUCCAUCGCGUCUUUCCUUUUGCGCGUGGAUUGUUCGAGGACAAAGUCGCCAAUUUUUGGUGCUUCACCAACACCUUCUACAAGCUUCGCAAACUUGAAGGAAUCGUUGAUCUCUCUCGAAUUUCUGCUGUCCUCACGCUGGCGUCAGUUUCCGGACCGAUGCUGAUCGUGGCCGCCGUCCCAAAAAAGGCGCUGCUUCCAUACGCAUUGGCUACGUCGGCAUGGGGUUUCUUCCUAUUUUCUUUUCAGGUGCACGAGAAGUCCGUGUUACUGCCCCUUCUGCCUAUGACGCUUCUUCUAGGAAGCAGCAAAGGCCUCAGUAAGGAAUAUCGAGCGUGGAUCGGCUGGGCUAACCUUUUGGGUGUGUGGACAAUGUAUCCGCUCUUAAAGCGAGAUGGCCUACAGACACCUUAUGUUGUGGUGUCCCUUCUAUGGUCCUAUCUCAUGGGCCUCCCUCCCACGAGCACAAAUGCUUAUUACGAUCCUGCCUAUGAGAAUGUCACCGGCCGACCUUUAGCCGCGGACGAUUUGCGGACUCCGACCAAAAUUCUACACUUUCAGACCUACAUUGUCAUGGCGUUUUGGCACCUGCUUGCUGCCUUUGCAACUCCUCCGGAAGACAAGCCCGAUCUUUGGGUUGUUUCAAACGCCUGUAUUGGGGCACUCUGUUUUGGUGUUUGUUAUCUUUGGUGUUACUGGAAGCUGGUGUCUGAAAGCGGCCUGCUUAAUGAGCUAGGGAAUACGAGUGCACCAGCGGCGACAGACAAGUCGAAAUCCCACCAGAAAAGUAUCAAAUAG